AGCAAUGUAUUUUAAUCCUUUCUUGCCUCCCCACCAGCAAAGUUACAUGCAUCCUCAACCAGGUUUAAUGCAUCCCCACCAGCCAAGUUUAGUGCCUCCCCAGCAACAAGCUGCUCUACCAAAUGCACCUCAACAAGAUCCUUCUCAACCAGCUUACCCACCUUACUAUAAUCCGUACACUUCGUACGCACCACAUUUAAUGUACCCACAAUUUCCUCAUCCUCAUCAACCAUUUAUGCCGCCCCCGCCUGGUAAAAAUAAUUAUUAA